AUGUUAGCAGAUGCACGAGCGGUGGAGAUAGAAUUCUAUAACAUCGGCCUCAGCGAGUGGAAUGAACAUUCCUAUACCAGGGUGUUUCAGUCCACGCUGGCUUUGCGAGCCAACGCGUACUGCCCCAGUCACCUAAAAGAGUGCGGGUUACAGGAGUGGUUAGCUGACAUACCGUUCAGAGCCUCAGACGCGGUCGUGAUUGACGGAUACCCCGCCCAGUUAAGAUCGAACGUCGCCAUUAACGUUAAGAUGCAGUUCAAUACAUCAAUGAAUACCACCUCUCCAACACAGACUCACCUGUCAUCAGCGGCUUUAAGAACCAUCAUAAAAAAUUGCCGUGAUGCUUUGAAGGUUGCUACAGAAAGCUGGAUCGUGCGAUUGGACGGCGAGCAUCUUAGUCCACCACCCACGACCAGAGCCAAUGAAAUCAUCAUUCCUAUCGCAUUUGUUGCCUUAUUUACGCUGAUUGUACUGACGCUUACUCUGCACUAUUGGAGAAAGCGCAAGGAUGCAGCUGAGCACAGACGGGAGAUGAAAAUAAUGGCAAGUCACGGUGGAAGCCGAGUUAGCCCUAACCACGUGCUUUCCAUGGACGAUGGAAAAAGAAACCUGAAAGCCAACCAGCUAGAAUCGAUUUUUCCCCCGAGUAGGAAUCACAGAAGAGCAGACCUGAAUUCCAGUCUGCAAGCAGCCACGCCCUCAAAGAUCUCCAUGACAACCGAUGCAACUGACAGCGUCAAACGCGAGGAGGAAGGCCGGAAGCGCCACAAGAGGCGCCACCGGAAGAAGAAACACCGUGAGGAGGAGACAACUGACGAGACUCCUGAUUUGCACAACUAUAACUACCAUCGGUUUUCUGAACCUGACAGGGUGGACCACAGUGGACUUCGGACUCGGGAAAGUACAGAGGUUACGGAGAUGUAA